AUGUCCGCCGCUCAAGCCCUCCGCCAAAAGCAAGCCCCAAUCAAAGACGGCUACCGCAGCGACCCCUCCUCCGCCGUCGUCACCCUGAAAUCUACUGGUUCGCUCGACGACCAUUCAAUAACAUGCAAGCUGUCCGACAGUUCUGCAGUUAAGGAAGCGCACAGGGUAGCCGGCCUGCACCAAAAGGCUGGCGGCGACGACCCAGCCAUCUCAGGCGAACUAUGUUCUGGCGAUAUGCUCCUUGACGCUCUUGUAGCUUGCUCAGGUGUCACGUUGAAAGCCGUCGCCACCGCACUCGGCAUACCCAUCGCAUCUGGCACCGUCACCGCAGAAGGAGACUUGGACUUCAAGGGCACACUUGGUGUGGACAAGACGGCUCCCGUCGGCAUGACAGGCAUACGGUUAGAGUUUGCGGUCAAGUUCGGCGAGAGGGAAGACGGUAGGGAAGUCAGUCAAGAAGAAGUAGACAAGUUGGGCAAGUUGACGGAACGAUAUUGCGUCGUGCUGCAGACGCUGGUGCACAAGCCUACUAUUGCAGUGAGACUAGCUGGAAGCGGUGGUGGAAAAGAGGGUGAGGGGUCCAGCAGGGAAGUGUCACAUAAAACCGAAUUAUAG